AUGUCUACUGCUCCUGUCCUCAUCAAGUGUACACUCUUCUUCUUUCUUGUAGCUUCUGUCUGCAGUAAAGGAGUCUUCAAACAUGCUGCUCCUAAGCAAGUAUUUAAUUGUACUGCUGAGCUGAAUAACAUACCACAAACUUGCAAUCGCACCCCUCUUGGUCUGGGUGCACUAGUACCCCUACCACCAGUACUAGUACCCCUACCAGCACUAGUACCCCUACCAGCACUAGUACCCCUACCAGCACCAGUACCCCUACCAGCACCAGUACUCCUACCAGCACCAGUACCCCUACCAGCACCAGUACCCCUACCAGCACCAGUACCCCUACCAGCACCAGUACCUCUACCAGCACCAGUACCCCUACCAGCACCAGUACCCCUACCAGCACCAGUACCCCUACCAGCACCAGUACCCCUACCAGCACCAGUACCCCUACCAGCACUAGUACCCCUACCAGCACCAGUACCCCUACCAACACUAGUACCCCUACCAGCACUAGUACCCCUACCAGCACUAGUACCCCUACCAGCACUAGUACCCCUACCAACACUAGUACCCCUACCAGCACUAGUACCCCUACCAACACUAGUACCCCUACCAACACUAGUACCCCUACUGGCACUAGUAUUCCUACUCCCACCACCAGUUCUGCUAAUGGGUUGUAUCCUUUUGCUGCUCUUUAAAUGA